CCCCGCCGAGCUCCUGCCGGCGGCUGCUGUUAUGACGGAGAACACAAUGAGACGAGCGAAGCGGUGGGAGCUCGCCAAUCGUGGCGGCGGUACUGUCUGCGACGUUCGCGGCUUCACUGUACAACCCGCGUCGUUUUGACAGAAGCUCGGGAGUUGUGUUACGGUGUACAUAGCAAUCGAAGCUGCGAAGAAUCGAUUUACCUCCGUGCAAGUGUCUUUUAUUUUGGUUGCAGCUACACGUGUCCUCUUAAAAAAAGAAGAGACCUCGCUUCCGUUGACGCGGCAGACAAUAAUUAGGUGAGAGAGAGAGAGUGCGCGAGCUGCCACGACUCCUUGUACAGUCGACUGCGGCGUGCGGGGUUAUCUUCGCGGCUUUGCACAACGACCCCGGUGUCGUUGACAGAGGCUUCAGGAGGUUGUAUUACAAAGUGGCCAUUCGACGUAGGGCUGCAGAGGAUCGCUUGCUGUCAUCCCGCCGCCUCUCAGAUUUACGUGCGCCACUUCGAAGACCCUGGAUAUCCUGUUUUUACGGCAGUGAAAGGCAACUUGAGUCGAAAGAAGAUACGCCAGCUCUAUGCCAGACAUCGUGUGAACUGCGCCAUGCAUACAUCGUAGGAGCUUUGCGUUUGAGGCAAAGUGUGGAAAGAUAGUUGUGCUUCUACGGCGUGACAGUUUGUGAUUUCGAGGUUGGAGACCUGUCCCUACUAUUACGCGCACUUGAUGCCUUUGAGCUAAACUGUGGAAAGAAGUUACUUGUGGUGCUUUUACGAUGUGAUAGCUUGUGGCUUCAUGUUUGGAGACCUUCCUCUUCAAUUACGCGAUGUGGUUGUGUGUACCGUGCCUUUAACGGGUGGCACUUCCGCGGUGGCUUUGCGGACGGUGACAUUGUUCCGUGUUGAUUGAAGCUUGUGGCCUUGUGUUCUGCCGUUGCAAUCGACUCUGAGUCGACCGGCACACCGCUUCCGUUCGACGCCUGCUGUGUUUAACGGUUUCGCUGUCGAUAGCCACGAUAGUGACAUCGCUGGUGUGAGGAGCGAACUGAGCCAACAGCCGACUUCUUGCGCCUCGUUUGUUUCUCAUGGCAGCUUAUCGUGGGCCAGUUGUUGAAGUUGAGAAGGGUUUUCCGUCGUGUUUAGAGUAGCUAGCUGUGUUCAUUUAGAAAUUGUGACGGCAUCUUCGUUCCAUUACCUCAACGAUCACUUGACAUUCAGGGCACAGGCCUGCUUCAUUGAUCAUUGAUUCCGAGGAAACAUCUCGGAUACCGCGCCGGCGAAUUCGGCAAGCACAGAAGGAGUACAACUGUUGGGCGAUUGCUGUGUUUCUGGUGUCUGCGUCUCAAAAAUUUAUUGGGCACAUUACGGAGGAUCCACUACACUGAGCGAUGUUCCAAAGAAAAGAAAGUGGUCGGGUCACUCUUUGGAAGCGGUAAGGGGCCAUUUAAUAAUUUGUGAAUCAAGUAUUGACGUUGACUGCAUGUCUGCAGCUUCAUUGUGUCAGUGGCCUGCUCGGCGAUCGGAGAAGAAGGGACUGUAACCGGAAACUUCAAGAUUUCUUGCCGUGGCCCUACAAGUGAUUUCCCGAAGAAAAAAUGCCGACGACACCUGCACACACGUUUGAAAUGGUACCCCUAGAGGACACUGGAAUCGUCCCCGAAGAGGUGGUUGCCACGGUGGGAACCGACGGUGGCGACGGCUGGUGGCAGCGGACGAAUCGAUGCUUCGCUCAGCGGUGGAAGAAAAAGGACGUCCGGUUCACUUCGCGGUCGGCCAUGCUGCAGCUGCCAAUGACCACGGCGGCGCUCUUGGCGAACCUGGUGGGCGUCGGCAUCGUGGCGAUGCCCUAUGCCUUUGCCGGAAUAGGAUGGGCCGCCAUCCUUGUGGUGCCCUUGUUGGCAGCGCUGGCAGUGUUCAACGCUUGCUUGCUCAAUAGCUGCUGCGUCAUGCUGGAAGAGCGCAGCAAGGAAUACCGCAAGUUCCACUGGUACACCCAGUAUUCCGACAUCGCCUCCAAGGCACUGGGCCCAGGCGUAGGGCGGAUCGUGAGCGGCUUGCGGCUUCUUUCGGUGGUGGGCCUGCAGGCAGUGAUCAUAGUCCUGACAGCCGAGGCCAUCACGGACUUCGUGCUGGCUUUUAUGCCUACCCCUUGGACUCAUGGUUUAAUGUACUGCACACUUGUCGUCGGCAUUGGCGUGUUCAGUGCAGCGGUGAAGGGACCGUGCGCUGACGUUGCCCGAUACUGGUGCAGCGUGGUCAGCUUGCCAUUGUCGCUGACGCUUCUGUCGCUGCUGCUGACCGGUCUUGCCGACAGCUUCGGGUCGGUGCAGACGCCACGGGUACCCGGGUCGUGGAAUGAGCUGCGCCAAAUCCUGAGCCAAGCCGCACACAAACAAGGCGGCACGGGUCACUCGCCCAUGGACAGGAGCGCGUUCGCUGCCCCGCCGGCCGUGCCUUUCUUCGUAGGUCUCGGUGUCAUCGCGUUCAACUACGCAAGCGUCUCGGGGUUCACGAACGUGAGGCGGGACUCGGCGACGCCAUCGCACUUCAAGCGAGCAACUGGCUAUAGCGUCGCUGGGUACACCUCUGCCUGCCUCCUGGUCGGCGUGAUGGGCUACGCGGCGUUCGGGAGGCUCGUAAGCGGAAACGUCAUCAUGUCGCUGAACUCCGAGAGGACCCGAACGGCCGCCAACUUCUUCCUCACCAUGAGCGUCUUGCCGACGGGCAACAUCGUCGCCUUCACCCUGGACUGAGUACGACGGCAUCGAGGACUACGGGAAACGGACCGUGUGGAGCCGCGCCAAGAUGGCGUCUCCACUGAUGGUGUGCGCCUGCGUGCUUGCGCUGGCCGUGCCUCACGAAGGACCCCUGGUGGCACUCGUCGGCUCUCUGUUCGCGUGCCCCGUCGCUUUCGUGCUGCCGCCCAUUUUCUACGCCGUCCUCUGCAAAGGGUCGCCACAGUGGCCCGAGAGGCCCCUGAGUAGAAACAUGAAGAUGGCCCUGCUGGUGGCCCUAGCCACCGGCCUGGUGGUUCACAUCGGGGGCACCGUGACGGCCAUCAUGCAGAUAGUACACGAAGCCCAGCUGGACCAGCAGUCCUGCUUCAGGGGCUUCUGCUACGAGGGACAGUACGCGAUGACGCAACCUCCGGCCAUCUACAAGCAGUACCUCGGGCCCCUUCUCCCCGAGAUGAACCUACCGCGCAGCGUCGGAAAGUGUUCCCAGGAGGGCUAGACUAAAGAACCCCGAGCGAGGAACAUGGCCAGAAACCUGAACACCGAUCAUUUCUCUUCUCGCACUAUGCGCAUAAUCACCCACUUCUAUGGGGGACGCGUCUUUAGUAUUCAAGCCUGUGUAACUGGAGUAUUUCUACACUAUAUGAUUAAAUGUGUGUCUUACAGGGUAAAAAAA